AUGUCCCAGUGGCUCACUGAUGCCAGAGCUUUGGCAAGCCCACACUUAGUUGCAGUCCUGGUUGGAAACAAGUCGGACAGGGAGGAGGACCGUGAAGUGGAGUGGGCUGAAGCUAGUAGAUGGGCGGCGCAGAAUGAUGUUCACUUUCUCGAGGUUUCUUCACUAAGCGGCGACAACGUUGAAGCUCCAUUUCUGCUUGCCGCAAGGUCUAUCCUACUUUCCAUAGAGUCAGGAAUAUUAGAUCCCGAGAAAGCCGGGAGCGGUGUCAGCUAUGGGGACCGUGCUCUCCGAAGAGUGACGAGCUCUAGCCAUCUUAGCUUUGGGAGUCUUAGCGGAGCUCGAAGGCGACGCUCGGACAAGCUUCGAUUGAAAAUUGGGCACCCUCGGGCAAAUGUUGUUAGGUAGUGAUAAUCGACGGCUGGUGAGUAUUGAGCUAGAGUGCCGCUUCUGCCUUGUUUUCCUUGCAUAUGGCCAUGCGCCUCGUGUCACCUCUUUGUAUACCACUAGUACUCUUCUUGUGUUUUCGAUCACAUAUUCUACUCAAACACUGUACAUCAUUUCACCCUUGCACUUUACUGAUUCACAGUAUCUAAUACGUGUAGAUGCUUCAUGUGAUAUCUCCCAUAUAUUCCCAUAGUUAUUCAUCAUCACUGUUAUCUCAUGGAUGGUUAUAUUUCAUGUGGAAGGUUCGAUAUGGCACAGUGCCCCCUACACCCUGUGAGGCUUUACAGCAUGCAACUUUCCUCACGAGUACCUACUAAGACCUAUCGAAGGAGGUCUUCUUGUCGACGCUAUAUAGUUGACACAUGCGUCAAUACUUCAACUUGUUGUUCUGUACCGAUG